UGUUUCAUUUUCACACAAAGAGAGGAAAGAUUGUAGAAUAGUUGAAGAGCAAAAUGUGCAUUGCUGUGUUUAUGUGGCAAACACAUGGUGUCUACCCUUUCCUCCUUCUCCUCAACAGGGAUGAAUACCACAAUAGGGCUACCACCCCGGUCGGGUGGUGGGACGGUGGAGAGAUCAUUGGAGGCAGAGAUGAGGUUGGCGGGGGCACGUGGCUCGCCUCCUCCAAGCAGGGGAGGGUCGCGUUCCUCACCAAUGUUUUGGAGGUCGAUGUCCGCCCCGAGGCCAGGACUAGGGGAGACCUCGUCAUCCGUUUCUUAAAUAGUAACAAGAGUCCCAAGGCGUUUGCGGAGGAGUUGUCGAAGGAGGCUAACGAGUACAAUGGGUUUAACCUCAUUGUGGCUGAUCUUGUCACCAAAUCCAUGGUGUAUGUCUCCAAUAGGCCUAAAGAGGCUCCUUUCUCCAUUCAACCGGUUCCUCCGGGCAUCCACGUCCUCUCCAAUGCCAUGCUCGACUCCCCAUGGCCUAAGGCGGAGCGGUUGGAGAUGAGCUUCAAGGUGCAAGUUGACCGAUACGGGGAGGGCGAGAUCCCGGUGAAGGAGCUGGUGGAGAUGCUGAUGAGGGACACUGAGAAAGCCGACGAAAACAAGCUUCCAAACAUAUGCCCGCGCGAUUGGGAGCACAAUUUGAGCUCCAUUUUUGUUGAAGUAGAUACUCCACUGGGAAAAUAUGGGACUAGAAGCACUGCUGCGUUGACUGUGAGAGCGAGUGGAGAAGCCAGCUUUUAUGAGAUAUAUUUGGAAGGGAAAGAAUGGAAGCAGCACACAUUAACUUACUAUAUUCAGAAACUGUGAUAAACUCCACAGAAUUCAACAAUUGUAAUGUUAGUUUGAGCUUUAUUUUUAUGAUUAUAGCAUGAUUUAUUUUCUAAUGUCUUGGAGCGAAAUUGUAGUGGUGAAAUAACGAGCUCUCGACAUAGGUCAUUUGUACUUCCCUCAUAAAUGAAAUUUCUUCUUUUUCUCUA